AACUUGUCAGCUUUAUUUGAGUACUUCGUAACAUUUAGUCUGGGAGUCACACAUGAGGGAGGAUGUUAUCACAUACGAUAGACAAGAUAUAAACAAUACCUCAAUUCACUAGAAGCAGACUUAUCAACUUAGUCAGAAUUUUAAAAUGCCUGGAAAUCAGAGUAAAAAAGCAGUUGCACUAAGAGAGAAACAGGCUGAAUUAAUGGGAAAUGCUGCUAAAACUGGCAGAUUGGAUGAGUUAAAAGAAUUGGUUAAAAAUGGAGCUAAUGUAAACAAAACUGCCAAUUUAUAUUAUUAUCAUGAUAUAUAUCCUCUAGAGUAUGCUGCUCAAAAUGGCCAUGCUGAUUGUAUGCGAUACUUGCUUGACAAUGGUGCAAAGCUGAAUCCAAGAAGGAAACGAGGUCAAAAAGUACUGCUAUAUGCUGCAGCUAGUGGAAAUCCUGAAUGUCUUCAAGUUCUAUUUGAUAAAGGGAUGGAUGUAAAUGAAAAGGGGGAAUUUGAUGAAACUGCUACAAUGUGGGCAGCAGAGUAUAAUAAGCCAGAAUGCAUGAAAAUACUGCUAUUGCACAAUCCAGAUUUAAACAUGGAAACCUCUAAAUAUGAUGCAAAAACAGUUUUGUAUAUAGCUGCAGAAUGUAACAGCAUUGAAUGUGUAAGAUUGCUCUUGAAUUAUAAACCUAAGCCUAACAUUGACAGUAAUAGAAGUUUCUCCUAUUGUAGAACUCCUUUAUGUAUAGCCAGUUAUGAAGGACAUUCAGACAUUGUAAAAUUAUUAUUAGAAAAUGGAGCCAAUGUCAAUGAGGGAGAAUAUGGAUUUAGCCCACUUAGGCUUGCUGUUGAAAAGAACAAACUUGGUUGUGUCCAGGUGUUGUGUGACAAUGGUGCCGAUAUGAAUGUGCCAGAAGGUGAAGACUCAUUGUUACUGACUGCCACGAGAAAUACACAGUGCUUCACAUUGGAAACAUUAUUGUACAGAGGGUGUGAUCCAAAUCAAAAAAGUGGAAAAAGUCCUGAGAUGUAUCCUAUUGAUUUAGUUCUACAGAAAUUGAUCAAUGAAACCUGGAGUAGAAUGUACAGAUCAAGAGCUCUUAAGAUUCUUUUUAAAUAUGGGGCACAUCUUGACAUGUGCAAACUAGCAAAAGUCACUAGUGACCUUUUCUAUGGUAAUGAUCUCAGGCAGGUUGAGAUGUAUUGUGUUGCCAUAGAAACCAGCUGCACACCAUGUGCACAAUCCUUGUAUGAGAAAGCAAUAGAAAUUUUCGAAAAAGAGCCUGACAAAUUAAAACAGGUUAAUUUCCAUUUUGAAAAAGCCACGUCACUUGAAAACCAAGCAUCGAGAUACAUCCGUAAAUGUGUCAACUCAUCUGGGGUGUUUCUUCAGGCCCAUAACUUUCAAACAAAGGUUGACUCUCUGCCUCUGCCAGAGGAGGUGAAGAAACAUAUACUUCUGGAACACUUGGAGCCUCUCAUUGAUGCUUCUUAUUGAAUGUUGCCUAAAAUGAUCCACAAAGGUUACACAAAGUUUCAGACCACACUUGACCACUUAAUAGGUCUCUUAGCAUUCUUUUCUGUACAGUAAUCAUAUAAUAUUCAUU